AUGUUCUGUGAAAUAAAUCCCCUAGUCGAGUGGUCGGUCGGCCAAACUCGUCCCGAUCAAUGGAUCAUUGGCUCCAAGAUAGUAUGCGAGAGAGUCCAAGAUCAAGAGUCUAAGCCGGUCGAUGCCCUUGUCAGCUGGGAAUCUGGGGGACAGACCUUCUAUCUCCGCAAACGAACUCCCAAUGAUCCAACAAGAACGGGAAACACCGAGACUGAUAGGGUUCGUGGCUCUGGGGCUUCAGCCGCCGUCUGGUGUAUUGGAGAUCGCUACUUCAAGGCCCAUGCUUGGCAUGGAGGCAUGGAGCUCGAGUCUACCAACAUCCGCUUUGUCAGGGAUAAGGUACCCAGUGUGCCAGUCCCGGAUGUGAUAUAUGAGUGGACGGACCCUGACUUCAACAGGAGCUUCCUUGUCACAAGAGAAAUCAGUGGAAGGACCCUGGAAGAAGCAUGGCCGGACCUAGGACGUCUUCACCGUGAGCUGCUUGCUGAGCAAGUUGCCAAUCAUAUCAGCGAGCUGGCCAAGCAUACAUCCUCCAGCUUCAAGACAAUCUGCGGCUCUGGAGUAUUUGAGCCGUGCCUCCUAGAAAAGCGCCAAAAAGAGCGUCCAUGCUGGCUGCCAAGAUUGCUUGGCCCAUUCAAGGAGGAGGAUGACAUGCGAAAUUACAUGCUGAGGAUCUCGAACGAAGUGCCCCCGGAAAUCGACCAGGAGUUCUGCUUCUACCAUGCCGAGCUUGGACCAAAGAAUAUCAUCCUCAAUAACAAAGGUGCUAUUGUCUGCAUAAUAAACUGGGAGUCCGCAGCGUACUACCCAAGUUUCUGGGUAGCCACCAAACCCUUGCUCGACAGUUUUGAUCUAGAAUCUGAUACGGAGACACCGAAGAGCUGGGCGCUUAUUCUGAGGCGCAAACUCGAAGAGCAUCAUUUUACGGAGCAGAACCGCAAAUAUGAUCGUUGGGUCAAAGGUAUGCUUUGA